AUAAAAACUAGACCAGCUGGUAAAAAUAGAAGAAACACAGUCACGGGGUCAGAUCACAGCCCAGCGAGCGUCUCAGGGUCGGUAAACAAGACGGAGACAGCGGACGGACGGCAGGACACGCAGCAGCAGAGAUGGGUCUGGAGAGGAAGGUGGACGUCCCGGUCUACGAUCUGUCUCUGAUCCGAGGGAUCUGGGAGGUCCGGGUGAAGAAGCAGACACAGAGACAGAGGAAGGAACAGGAGAGGGUUGAGAAGAGCGCCCUCGCCAGGAUUGACCAACAGUGGCAAUAUCGCAUCUACUGCAAGAGUCUGAAGACCAGCGACCGCAACCUGCUGCAUCAUUACCUGGAGAGAUCCACGCUGACGGAUAUACAGCCGUACACAGGUAGAUAUACAGAAGCUGACAAGCACCAGGAUCAGGACGUCCAGCAGGACCAGGACCAGAAGGAUCCAGACCAGAGCAAACUGAUCUUCCAGCUGGAUGGAGAUCGUUGGACCGACUUCCCCAGGGAGCUGCAGUGGAUGACCUACCUGAAGGAGUGGCACGUCAGAGGGACAAAGAUCCGCCACCUCCCUGAAUACCUGCCUCUGUUCACCCAGCUCACCGUCCUGGAGAUCCCCAAAAACACCAUCAGUCAGCUGCCGCCUGAGAUCGGUAAACUGACGGCGCUGAAGGAGCUGAACGUCAGCUACAACCGUCUGUCCAGGGUUCCUCCGGAGCUCGGAAACUGUGAGAACCUGGAGAGACUGGAGCUCACGGGAAACCACAACCUGUCAGAGCUGCCGUUUGAGCUGAGCAGCCUGAAGCAACUGGUUCACCUGGACAUCGCAGAGAACAAGUUUGUGUCUAUUCCCAUCUGUUCUCUGAGGAUGAGCAGCCUACAGGUGCUGGACCUGAGCAACAACAUGUUAACCGACCUGCCACAGGACAUGGACAGGUUGGAGCAGCUCGUCUCCCUGUUCGUCCACAGGAAUCGUCUAACGUACCUUCCUCACUGUCUCUCCAACAUCUCCACGCUCAAGAUGAUCGUCGUCAGCGGAGACGAACUCACCUGCAUCCCGACCAAACUGUGCAGCAACCCUGAGAUCAAGUUCAUCCGACUGUACGACAACAAAUCAAAUGAAGAGAAGAAGAAGAAGAAGGAGGAGGAGGAGAAAGAGAAGGACAAGAGGAGGAGGAGGUGGAAGGAGCAGAGAGAGGAGGAGGUGAAGAAGGACAGCAGAGAGAAGGAGUUCAUUGAGGCGUACGUCAGCUCUCUGAAGGACAGAGACACCGUCCCCUACUCCACCACCAAGGUGUCUAUCUCCUGUGUGCUAUGAGGAGGAGGAGGAGGAGGAGGAGGAGGAGGAGGUUAUGAAGAGGAGGA